GAAAGCCAGACGUAAUCCACAGGCGUUUUGCUGCGCCUCUACGCCUCGGCGCCUGCGCAGUGAAGAUCGCAGCGAGCCGCGCGCUUGCGUGUAGGACCGAAGCCCCAGGCGCUGAUCCGGCGGAAACGCGGCGCCCUCUGUCUUCCGGUUUCGACGCUGGUUGUCACCGUUUCCGCUCCGGCGGAAGUGAGAAGGGUCCUUCGACCUGUGCUGAGCUGGAUGGACCGCGAGACGCUCGCCCUCGCUAACCGCCACUUCCGAGGCCUGGGGGGUGGUGUCCCCGGCAUUGGCCAGGCUCCGGGCCGGGUAGCCUUCGUCUCGGAGCCGGGCGCCUUCUCCUACGCCGACUUUGUGCGGGGCUUCCUCCUGCCCAACCUGCCCUGCGUGUUCUCCAGCGCCUUCACGCAGGGCUGGGGCAGCCGGCGGCGCUGGGUGACGCCCGCGGGGAGGCCAGACUUCGACCACCUGCUACGGACCUACGGAGACGUGGUUGUACCAGUUGCAAACUGUGGGGUCCAAGAAUACAACUCGAACCCCAAAGAGCACAUGCCUCUGAGAGACUACAUCACCUACUGGAAAGAGUACAUCGAGGGGGGCUACUCCUCUCCCAGGGGCUGUCUCUACCUCAAAGACUGGCACCUGUGCAGGGACUUCCCGGUGGAGGACGUUUUCACCCUGCCUGUGUACUUCUCAUCCGACUGGCUGAAUGAGUUCUGGGACGCACUGGAUGUGGAUGACUACCGCUUUGUCUACGCAGGGCCUGCAGGCAGCUGGUCCCCGUUCCAUGCUGACAUCUUCCGCUCCUUCAGCUGGUCUGUCAAUGUCUGUGGGAGGAAGAAGUGGCUCCUCUUCCCCCCAGGGCAGGAAGAGGCCCUGCGGGACCGCCACGGCAACCUGCCCUAUGACGUGACCUCCCCGGCACUCUGCGAUACGCACCUGUACCCGCGGAGCCAGCUGGCAGGCCCACCCUUGGAGAUCACGCAGGAGGCGGGCGAGAUGGUGUUUGUGCCCAGUGGGUGGCACCACCAGGUGCACAACCUGGACGACACCAUCUCCAUCAACCACAACUGGGUCAAUGGCUUCAACCUGGCUAACAUGUGGCGCUUCCUGCAGCAGGAGCUAUGUGCCGUGCAGGAAGAGGUCAGCGAGUGGAGGGACUCCAUGCCCGACUGGCACCACCACUGCCAGGUGGAGCAGCUGCGUGUGGAGGCUAUCAGUACCAGGUCCCUGGGAGGCCUGCAGGCUCAGGGCGGGUGUGGCUGUCAGGCCGAGCUGUGGGUCAUCAUGAGGUCCUGCUCGGGCAUCAACUUUGAAGAAUUUUACCACUUCCUCAAGGUCAUUGCUGAGAAGAGGCUCCUGGUCCUAAGGGAGGCGGCCGCUGAGGACAGUGCUGGGUUGGGCUUCGAACAGGCAGCCUUUGAUGCUGGGCGCAUCACAGAGGUGCUGGCCUCCUUGGUUGCGCACCCCAACUUCCAGAGAGUGGACACCAGCGCGUUCUCACCGCGGCCCAAAGAGCUGCUGCAGCAGCUGAGGGAGGCUGUUGAUGCCGCUGUGGCCCCAUAGCACCUGUCUUGAGGACAGAAGGACGGGUGGACGAGAGGCAGCCUCCUGCUCCAGGGCCCUUCCAGAAAUAGACUGCCCUCCCUGUGACCUGGGGCCCAUCCCUGUCGAGGCUCGUGGCCUGCCUGUUCAUGGCCACUGCCUGGGUGCCCGUUUUCAGGUGAGGACCAAUGACGUCAGGGACCCAAGAAGGGAUGUGGCCCUUCUGACCUGCAGCAGGUCUGCUGGGAGCUUGGAGAUGGCACCAUGACCUGGCUCUUUUGGGGGCCCUGCCUCCUUAAGGCAGGAUGCCUGAGCUGAUAGGAGUCUGUGUCUGAUGUGCCUUCUCUGGAGUCUCCUCUCAGCCCGGUCCCCUCGUCUCAGGCCAUUGGGCCACCCCUGGCUCUGCCCUAUGGGCUCAGGAAGAGGUUGGAGCAGCGCUGGGCAAGCUCACCAGGGCCUCCAGGCAGGACUGGGUUGGCCUCCAUCAUCUCCAGGUGAUGGGCUGUGGAGCCAGUGGCCAGGGCCUUCCUCUGGGUACCCAGAGGGGAGGGCUGGGCUGGGCUGGCCUCUGCCACCUCCCUACUUUUGGAGUAGCCUUCACAGGGCCUGUGGGUACCUGGAGAGGCCACGGGUGUGGGAGUGGAAUCCCAUCUGCUGCUGAAUCCUCACUUGGGCCUGAGGGGCUGUGCCUGCUGUGCACUCACAGCUGGGUCUUCGCAAGGAUGCUGUUCUCAGGAGUGGUGGGUCUCUGGCCCCUCUUCACAGUGGGCAUGAUGGAGGUGUGGGCGGGCUUGUCCAGGCCGAUCAAGGCACAGCGGUGAGCAGUGGAGGCCUGUGAUGGGGAAUGGACUCUCGUGGGAUCCUCCUGCAGAGGAUGCCCCAGGCCUGAACCCUCUAGUGGAUCCACAGUUUGUGGAGACUGGCACUCUGCCAGCCCUGUCCUUGACCCAGAGUGCAACACUUUUUCAGUUGGCCCCUGGUUGGCUGCCCCACCCCAGCAGGGGAGGAGGCAUCUGAAUCCGCAGGGAUGGCACGUGCCAUGGCUGUGUGCAUUGCCUGCCCAUGGCAUCCACUGGGGCCGCUGGCACUUGUCUAGGAUGGAAGCCCCUAAGAAGGGCCGGGGUUUCUGUCUGCUCUGUUCAAUGAAUCAUGUGAAGUGCCUGCAAAAGCAGCUUUACACAGUAGGUGCUUCAUAUGUGUCUGUCCAGUGAAUGAGCUCCAGCCAA